AUGGCUCGCGUGUGCGCGCUGCUCCUCGUCGGCCGCCUGCUGGCGCCGGGCGCCGCCUUCAACCUGGACGCCGACGGCCCCGCCGUCUACUCCGGCGCGCUGGGCAGCUACUUCGGCUUCGCCGUGGACUUCUUCGCGCCCCACCCGGCCUCGACAUUUCUUCUAGUGGGCGCCCCAAAGGCAAAUACGAGCCAACCUGGAAUUGUACAAGGAGGUCAAGUUCUCAAGUGUGGUUGGAAUUCCAACAGAAACUGCCUUCCUAUCAUAUUUGACUCUACAGGCAACAGAAAUUUUGCUGAGAAUGACCCGCUGGAAUUCAAGUCGCAUCAAUGGUUUGGCGCAUCCGUGAGAUCUAAAAACGAUACCAUUCUGGCAUGUGCGCCGUUGUAUCACUGGAGAACCGAGCAGAAAGCAGAGCGGGAACCUGUGGGAACUUGUUACCUUCAUGACGGGUCUAAAGCUGUUGAAUAUGCUCCCUGCAGGUCAACGAACAUCGAUGCCGAAGGACAGGGCUUUUGUCAAGGGGGAUUCAGCAUUGACUUUGCCCAGGGAGACAGAGUGCUUCUUGGAGGACCCGGGAGCUUUUAUUGGCAAGGCCAGCUCAUCUCUGAUCAAGUGGCCGAGAUUGUGUCGAAAUACAAAGCCAACGUCUACACCACAAAGUAUGACAACCAAUUAGCGACCCGGGCAGCAAGUGCUACUUUCGACGACAGCUAUUUGGGAUAUUCAGUGGCUGUGGGAGAUUUCAAUGGUGACGGCACAGAAGAUUUUGUCUCCGGUGUCCCAAGAGCAGCGAGAACAUUGGGCUUGGUGUCCAUUUAUGAUGGAAAAACCAUGGCAUCUUUGCAUAAUUUUACUGGAGAACAGAUGGCUGCAUAUUUUGGAUAUUCUGUAGCAGCCACAGAUAUUAAUGGAGAUGGCUACACAGAUUUGCUUAUAGGAGCCCCACUCUUUAUGGACCGUGGUUCUGAUGGCAAACUUCUAGAGGUGGGCCAGGUGACUGUAUAUCUGCAGCAAGCCUCUGGAGGCUUCCUCCCCACGAAGCUGAACGGCUUUGAGGUCUUUGCACGAUUCAGCAGCUCCAUCGCACCUCUGGGAGACCUUGACCAGGAUGGCUUCAAUGACAUUGCAGUAUCUGCUCCUUACGGUGGAGAAGGAAAGAAAGGGAUGGUUUACAUCUACAAUGGGAGAGCCACAGGUCUGAAUGGAAUACCAUCUCAAAUCCUCGAAGGGCAGUGGGCGUCUCAAACCAUGCCCCCGAGCUUUGGGUACUCGUUGAAAGGAGCCACCGACGUGGACAAUAACGGCUACCCAGACUUGAUCGUUGGAGCUUUUGGCGUCGACAGAGUUGCCUUAUAUAGGGCCCGGCCAGUAAUUACUGUAAAUGCGGUGCUAGAUGUUACCCCGUCCAUUCUCAAUCCAGAGAGCAAAUCCUGCGACCUGUAUGAAAAUAGCCAGAAAGUUUCCUGCUUUAAAGUGAAAUUCUGCUUAAAAGCUGAUGGCAAAGGAAGCCUGCCCAGAGAACUCACUUUCCAUGUGGAACUUCUGCUGGACAAGCUCAAGCAAAAAGGUGCCAUAAGGAGAGCCCUCUUUCUCCACAACAGGCAGUCCGGCCAUUCGAAGAACAUGACCGUCCUCAAAGGAGGGCGGAUGCACUGUGAGGAGCUGCUAGCCUUUUUAAGGGAUGAAUCUGAAUUUAGAGACAAGCUUACUCCUAUCACCAUAUUCAUGGAAUACCAGUUGGAUUAUAAAACAGCUUCAGAUUCUACUGGUUUACAGCCCAUCCUCAACCAGUUUAGUCCUGCGAACAUUAGCAGACAGGCUCAUAUUCUUCUGGACUGCGGUGAAGACAAUGUCUGUAAGCCAGAUUUGCGGGUGCAAGUCAACAGCGAUCAGAAGCAGAUCUAUAUCGGCGAUGACAGUCCUCUAACUCUGAUCGUAAAUGCCCAGAAUCAAGGGGAAGGAGCCUACGAAGCAGAACUCUUUGUGACCGUCCCUCCUCAAGCUGACUUUAUCGGCAUCGUUCGAAACAACGAGGCUCUAGCAAGGCUAUCCUGUGCGUUUAAAACAGAGAAUCAGACACGACUGGUCGUCUGUGACCUUGGAAAUCCCAUGAAAGCUGAGACCAAACUCUCGGCAGGUCUUCAUUUCAAUGUCCACCAAGAGUCUGAGAUGGAUACUUUUGUGAAGUUUGAUCUUCAGAUACGUAGCUCCAACUUGUUUAACAACCUAAGUCCAGUGGCAUCUUAUCAGGCGGACCUGGCAAUCUUAGCAGCUGUUGAAAUCAGAGGGGUCUCCUCUCCCGAUCACAUCUUUCUCCCAAUACCCAACUGGCAACCCAAGGAGAAUCCAGAAACAGAAGAUGAUAUUGGGCCUCUGGUUCAACACAUCUAUGAGCUCCGAAAUAAUGGCCCAAGUGCCUUCAGCAAGGUGAUGCUCAAUCUCCAGUGGCCGUACAAGUACAACAACAGCACCCUGCUGUAUAUCGUCCAGUACGAAAUUGAAGGGCCCAUGAACUGCACCUCGGAUAUGGAGAUCAACCCGCUAAAAAUUAAGAUGUCGGCUACUGGACAAGAUGAAAAGAAUGAAACAUUGAACGGAGAAGACAACCGCGAUCACCAUAUCAAUCGGAGGGAUCUGAGCGCUGCAGAGGGAGACGUACAAACUUUGGGCUGUGGAACUGCUGAAUGUUUGAAGAUAUUCUGUCAAGUUGGUCGCUUGGAAAGGGGAAAGAGUGCGAUUCUGUAUUUAAAAUCUCGCCUCUGGACUCAGACCUUCAUGAAUAAAGAAAACCAGAACCAUUCAUAUUCACUUAAGUCGUCCGCAUCCUUCAGUGUGAUCGAGUUCCCAUACAGGAAUCUUCCCUUUCCUGAAGACGUUCACAAUUCUACAAUAGUUACCACAAAUAUCUUGUGGGGUAUCCAGCCAGCUCCCAUGACAGUGCAAAUAUGGGUAAUCAUAUUGGCUGUCCUGGCAGGGCUAUUGCUUUUGGCCCUCCUGAUUUUUGUAAUGUACAGAAUGGGAUUCUUCAAACGGGUGCGGCCACCUCAGGAAGAACAAGAAAGGGAACAGCUGCAGCCCCAUGAAAAUGGAGAAGGGACAUCAGAGGCCUAAACAGUGUUUUAGCUGUGUCAUUUACUGAAAUAUUUUACAGUUGCCAACGUCUUCCCUUUAAAAUCUGCCUUUU